AGGACUAUCCGGAGUGGGUGGUGACGGCGCUGCGGGGGGUGGGAGUUGACCUGAUGGCUUAAGUGAGCGAGCAAGCAAAGCGAGGCCGAAUAUAAGCGUAGAAAAAGUCCUACAAUGCUCAAUCCAAAAAAGGAGUUGAAGCACCUAUACUCCAACUUGACCACUAGUAUGCCUUAUAGUCUUUAGUGAUCCCGGCAGUAAUAAAGUGCUCCGCAAUCACAUGACCACGUGGCGCGUCGCGCGCGCGUCGAGACCAAUUUCAUUCCCGGAUCACUUGUAUACUUCUCAUCCUCGAUCCACACUCUCAAGACAUCCAUUCACCACCCCUCUCACCAAGCACAACUUAAAGAUCAACUACAAACAAAAGAACAAGAAUAAACACAGACAUAAUGUCUCCCUCCGCCGAAUCUCUCCCCACUCCUCCCCAGGAUGCCACCACCACCACCACCACCACACCGACACCCACAAUCCCCCACGACCCAACUCACGAAGAACACCAAUACCUGAACCUCAUCCGACGCAUCCUCUCCGAAGGCGAAUACCGCCCCGACCGCACCGGCACCGGCACACGCUCCAUCUUCGGGCCCCCUCAAAUGCGCUUCGCCCUCUCCAAACCCAACCCCACCUCCACCACCCCCUCCGACGCCUACACACCGAUCCUCCCCCUCCUCACCACCAAACGCGUCUUUCUACGUGCCGUCCUCGCCGAACUCCUCUGGUUCAUCUCCGGCAGCACCUCCUCCCUGCCCCUCUCCUCCGCAGGAAUCAAAAUCUGGGACGGCAACGCCUCCCGCACCUACCUGGACUCGAUCGGCCUCACCCACCGCGAAGAAGGUGACCUUGGUCCUGUCUACGGGUUCCAAUGGCGACACUUCGGGGCUGAAUACGUCGAUUCCAGCACAGAUUAUACAGGCCAGGGCGUGGAUCAGCUCGCGGACGUGGUCAAGAAGCUUCUUACCAAUCCCUUCGAUCGGAGAAUUAUCAUGAGUGCCUGGAAUCCUGCAGAUCUGGGGAAGAUGGCUCUGCCGCCGUGUCAUAUGUUUGCGCAGUUUUAUGUGAGUUAUCCGGAUGCGGAUGAGGAUUGGAAGGCAGGGAAUAAGGGGGGCGACAAGGGAAGAGGACAUCUGAGUUGCUUGUUGUAUCAGAGGAGUGCGGAUAUGGGGUUGGGGGUGCCGUUUAAUAUUGCUUCUUAUGCGUUGUUGACGCAUUUGUUGGCCCAUGCGGUGGAUAUGGUUCCCGGGACGUUGGUGCAUACGUUGGGGGAUGCGCAUGUUUAUCUGGAUCAUGUGGAGGCGUUGAGGGAGCAGGUAGAACGCGAGCCGGUCGCGUUUCCCGAGUUGAGGAUUAAGAGGGAGGAUAGGGGGAGUGGGAUUGUGGAUGGUUGGAAGGAUGAGGAGUUUGAGGUGGUUGGGUAUAAGCCGCAUAAGGCAAUUAAGAUGAAGAUGAGUGUGUGAGUUUUCUGUUGUGUUGGAAUGGGUAGGGGUUAGGAAAUAAUGGGGAUGGCUGAAUGGGAGGGUUUAAAGUAAAGGAAUGACUAGAUAUGAGUGGUAUGAUAUAGACUGGUUAGAGUGAAUGGAAAGAGAUGAUAAGCAGUAAGCAAAAUUAUGAGCCGGACGGCAUGAGAUCCAGACACUAAAAAA